CACUGAUUAAAAAUAAUAUUAAUACCAUGAAUAGACUGUAAACAGCAUAAAAACCUUAAUAGAAACGUUGACCGCGCACUACAGAGGAAGUAUCUGUUUAACGUUAUUUUGCUGAAAAUUUGAUACACAAAGUGUUUAGUAAUUAUAGUUUCCAAGUUUAAGUUAUUUUUAAACAAUUGUCGAUUUUCUGGUUUGCAUCGUCAAGAAUUGAUUGCAACCAAUGAUGCUGUUAUUCAUUUUAUUAUUGCACGUUGGAUAUGGAUAUGGUGAAAAAUGUGUUGCACCUCCAACUUGUUAUUGUGUAGGAGAUAAUUAUAUCAGUUGUAGCAGCUCAUCUGCAGAAAUACUACCCAACAUAACUAGUAUUCACGUUCAGGCCGUGCAUAUAAAUUAUGCAAAUGUAGAAUUCAUACCGGAGUAUUAUUUCCAACGAUUUAAAAAGUUAAAUUCGCUUAAUAUUAUUGAUGGAAAAUUUGUGUAUUUACCACGUCAUGCUUUAUCAGGACUUUUUAACCUGGCAUAUUUGUAUAUAAGAAAUUCGCAACUAAAUCUUAUUCAUCCUCAUGCAUUUCAUGAUUUAAAGAAAUUGAGAUACCUAUAUCUUUCCGGAAACAAACUUAGAAGAAUACCACGAGAAGCGUUUUCAAAUCUUCCUUCUUUAUACUCGAUAGAUUUAGUUAACAAUUUUCUUUAUAGCAUCAACCUCGUGUUCGGCAAAUCUGAUUCUUUGCAAGCUCUUUAUUUAUCGAACAACAAAAUUCGAAAUAUGUCAAACAUUCAUUUUGAAGAUGCGACACGUCUCUCACACCUUUCUCUUUUCAACAAUAUGAUAGAAGUGAUGUCAAAUAAGAUAUUUAGAAAAACUCGAAUCAGCAAUUUGGACCUUUCCAAUAAUAAAAUCAGGAGGUUGGAAAGACAAGCGUUUGAAGGGGCGUUUAGUUUACAAACAUUAAAUAUGCGUCAAAACCGGAUUGAAGGUAUCGAACCGAUGACAUUUAGAAACACCAGGUUAAAUUAUUUGUACUUGGAUAAUAACAAACUCAAAAAUCUUGAAAGUUACACUUUUUACGGUUUAUCUUAUUUAUAUACAUUAACUUUAAAUAAUAACGCAAUCUCCGUUAUACAUAAGAAUGCUUUUAAAGGCGCUAGAGUACGUGGAGAAUUGACCAUGGAAAAAAAUUUCAUUAAAUUCAUUCACCCUGGUACAUUUUCCGGAAUGUGCAGCAUGAAGACACUUAAACUCUCGUGGAACAAUAUUGAAAAAGUAGAAAAUGGAACAUUUGAGGGAUGCACAUUACUUGAAACUUUACACUUGGAAAACAAUAGCAUUUCAAAGAUUGAAGAAAAUGGCAUUGCACCGGCCAAGAGUGUAAAAAACAUUUAUCUACAGAACAAUAACCUUCACAGUAUUGAACCAAAUACUUUCAACUUACCUAAAGUUCUCAGUAUUCAUUUAGGAAACAACAAAAUUGGGAAAAUUUCUAGCACCGCCUUUAAAGGCGCUGUAAGCGUGACAUUACUCUAUAUUCAAAAUAAUGUUAUCGCGAAUAUCCCCAAAAAUAUAUUUGAAGAUUCACAAAAACUAAAAUACAUUUAUCUUCAACAAAAUUUAAUAUCCAGCCUGCCUUUAGAAAUUUUCCAAACUCUGCAGCUCUUAAGAGGUGUAGACCUUUCCUACAACCAAAUAACUGGAAUUGAUUUCAAAAUUUUCAGUAAGUGCACUGAAAUGUUAGAAAUGCGAUUAGGCAGUAAUAAGUUAGAAAAAGUCGAAAAUUCUCUAGUUGUGCAAUUACCACACUUACAAACUAUAGAGUUGCAAAAUAAUAAAAUCAAAUAUUUUCCAAAUUUACUGACAUUUCCAUCCUUACUAUAUCUGGAUUUCCAUAUGAAUGCGAUUGCUGGGAUACCAUCAAAUGUAUUUCUUCAAAUACCAAAAGUUACCUAUCUCGAUUUAAGCAGUAACAAGAUACAAACAUUGCCUUACCAAGCAUUUUAUGGUGCAGAGAUGCUGAAGACAUUGUACUUGCAUGACAACAAAAUUUCCGAAAUAGGGAGCACAGUUUUCCCACAACUUCCAAAUGUGACAGAAAUAAACUUUAGCAGCAAUAUGAUUAAGGUAUUCACAAGCGGCUUUUUGCAGAAGUUUAGGAAUCUCCGAAAGUUGAAUAUUGGAAAUAAUAGAAUUUCCAAAAUUCCUUCCGAAAUGUUUAAUGGCUUACAUCGUCUGGAAAUGUUAGAUGUCAGUAACAAUGAAAUAAGGGAUAUUGACAACAACUCAUUUAGUGAUUUGAAACUAUUAAAACACCUGUAUCUCAGCAAUAACCAUAUUUACAAUUUGUCGGCUGAUCACUUUAAAUAUAAUCAGGAUUUAGAGUCAAUAAAAAUGGAUAAAAACAUGCUCACAGAAAUAUACGAAGAAACAUUUGGUCAGUUAAAAAACCUGAUGAGUUUGAAGCUCAGUAAAAACCAGAUUAAUACCUUGAUUAAAAUGUCAUUUACUGGCUUGACAAAGUUGAAAACGUUGGAUUUAAGUCAAAACAUGCUUAAUGGCCUUCCAAUCGGAUUAUUUGACAGCGCCAAAUACGUGACGAAGUUACACCUAAAUCAGAAUCAACUCUUAAAGUUACCGCCGUCUAUUAAAAGUUUAAAAAAUUUGGAAUAUUUGGAUUUAAGUAAUAACUCAUUGCGUGUACUGGAAUCUGGUGUAUUAGACGGAUUGUCUGGAUUAAGAUAUCUUAAUUUAGCAAACAACAUUGUUGAGAUACUACCAGAAAAUUUAGUAAAUAAAAAUGCCUAUUUGAAUGAUUUAAAUCUCAGUGGCAACAGACUAACUGAGAUAAAAAAGUUUAUAGAAAUAAAAGUAUUAUUAAAGCUCGAUCUAAAACACAAUCGAAUCAUAAAGAUACAUUCUGACGUGUUUAAUGAAAUUGUUAGGUUUGAUUCGUUGGAUGUAUCCAAUAACGAAUUGAAAGAAUUUAUAAAUUUAAAUAGCACCCUAAAGAAUCUCAAUUUGGCAAACAACAAAAUCGAUAAUGUUGAUUCUUUAAGAUUAAAGUAUCUGCACAACUUGCGUGAAGUGUCGAUCCGUGGAAAUAAUAUUACCUAUAUUCCAAAAAAUUCUUUCGGCAAAUCCCUGAGAAUCAUUGAUUUAUCUGACAAUAGGGUUACGAAUAUCGAGAAAAAAGCUUUUGAAAACACAGUUACAAUUAAGGAGUUGUUAUUGGCUAAUAAUUCCAUCCAAUCACUGGAUCCUGACAUUGCAGAUUAUCUUCAGAGUGUUCAGAAAAUUGACAUUCGAUUUAAUCACCUAAGUUGCGAUUGUAAAUUUACUGAAUUUGUAAAAAAAUGUCCAACAGGAAGUGUCAUACUUAGUAGAUGUGUCAGUUCCAAUUCGAUCAAUGGCUCAUACAACUUUAUUUUCGAUAAAAACAAAAAAUGCAUAAAUAAUGAGAAUACUACAUCAACCGGAAGUGAUAAAUCUAAUUCGACCAAUGGCUCAAACACCGUUAAACCUGAUGGGGAAAAUAUGUGCAAAAAUAAUGGUACACGUGUGUUUGUAAAUGGAAGAUAUGCCUGUGUGUGUGCCGCCAACUUCAGCGGACAAUAUUGUGGAAAAAAAGAAAAAGUAAAGAUAAUAUACAUCAAAGAAACCAAUGAAACGAGCAAUAGCAUCAAAGAAACCAAUGAAAAGAGCAAUAAAUGGAUAAUAAUUGGAUCAGCUUCAGCUUUGGGUUUGAUCUUGUUGCUUCUUAUUGUUGUUGUGAUUAUUAAAAUAUGUAGAAAUCCUGCACCACCCAAGAACAAAACAGUAGAAACAGGUGCCAGAAACAACGAGUACAGCGCUGAUUGUGACAAAGAAAAGGAAGCUCGUACAGAGGAGUACGUUGGUGCAGAUAUUGGACGGAAACGUUACAUGGAGAUGGAAAUGUUUACGGAACCAGAGUACAAUGAGGUCUCCCUAAAAGAUGAAGAUGACAAUCAAUUGUACAUGAAUUCGGAGGAAGUGAUGGAAUCUUCCUAUGGGAACACUGCAGGCUACAAUCAUUACGAUUGAAAGCAAAUCAUCUUAAACAUGAGAAAAAAGCAAACUUAUUUAAUCUAUACGCUAUUAUAUAAAACCAUUAUAUGAGAGCACCAGGCUUAGAUUUAAACAAAAACAAAAUAAAAACUUCCUCAAGCUAAGUCAGAAAUCCUUACUUUAUAUCCUUACAAAAAAAUAAAAGAA